CUCAACAUGGCGGCGCACCGGGCGCCGAAUUAAUGGCGCUGGUGUCGCUCGUGGUGUGCUGUGGUUGCUGAAUAUCAAAGAAAUAUAAUUUGUAUAAACAAAUUUAAACUAUUUACAUACGAAAUAUAUGUGUAAUUAAGUUUUCCACAAUUAUUAUUGACGGAAAUCCUUCAAAUUCUUGAUAAUGCCAAAAUAUUACUGCGACUACUGUGACACCUACCUGACCCAUGACUCCCCGAGUGUCCGAAAGACUCACUGUCAGGGUCGCAAGCACAAGGAUAACGUCAAGUACUUCUACCAGAAGUGGAUGGAGGAGCAGGCCCAGCACUUGAUUGACGCCACGACAGCAGCGUUCAAGGCUGGCAAGAUAGCGUCAAAUCCAUUUGCAGCAAACAAAGGUGCAGCUAUUCCGCCCCCACCGAGUCUGGGCCCUAGGCCUGGCGUACCACCCCAGCCACCAAUGGGAAUGAUGCCACCCCCGGGGAUGCAUCCUGGCGGUCCCAUGCCACCAGGAGGGCCCAUGAUGAUGGGCCCCCAUGGGCCUAUGCCAGCCAUGAUGGGCAUGCGACCACCUAUGAUGGGACCCAUGGGGCCGAUGAUGGGUCCUAUGGGGCCCAUGGGACCCAUGAGACCACCUAUGAAUGGACCACCACCUCCAAUGACUGCUCCACCACCGAUGAAGAAGUAAUUAGAGUCUAAGAGCCAUUAAUUUACGAUUUUCUUUGCGAGGAUUCUGUGAAUGAUUCUGAUUUGUAUGUGACUGUGUAAAUAAAUUGAUGAUUUUUAUUAGAA